AAAUACGCCACCGUUUUGUUAAAAAGCCCAAUUUGCUGCAUUUCAAAUGUCAUCAUCAUCAAAAAGGACAUAAAAAGAUUAUAUGGAGUUCAACAGAUUGCCGAACACCAAGCUUUCCUUUUUCUAACUCAAAUUCAACAGCUUGCUAUUGGUGUGCCAAUACCGCCAUCUAGUGGGCUACUAGGGGAACAAUAAAUACACAUGUCAAGUAUGAUACUAUAUGUGAGCUAAAUUUCUUUUAUAGAAGUUGCCAUAAGCCUACAAAUGCAGAUGUUAGAUUCAGAUUCCCUCUAGGGAACCUGGAUGUAAGGCAGGACUGGAGAUCUUUAUGAAUUUCAUCUUUAAGGAAAAACUGGAAACCUGAGACAUUUUGUUUCCUUCAAGAGCAAUAAUACAUUAUACAAUAGAAUAUGUCUGCGGAUACAAUAUGUCUGCAGAGCCAGACCUCUUGGGGAUUGAGGCCUAGUGCACGCUUGCAAGUUUACACACACACACACACACACACACACACACACACACAGGGAGGGUGAGUGCUUUAAAUCCUCUAGCAGCUUUCGUGAGGAUUUUCUCCGUAUUAACCCUGACAACCAGCUGGAGUAGAAGGAAGGCAGGUGUGACACAAAAAAACCCCUUUAUUCUGCACAAACCUCAGCGGCAGCGUGAGUGAAGUGAAAUGCAGAGAGCGCUGAAGUAGAUUUUUUUUUUUCUUUUUCUCAAGCUGACACGAGAGAAAUCUUUGAGAAGAGAGAGAGAGAGAGAGAGAAAGAAAGAAAGAAAAAAAGCAAUGCCAUGUGUUCUGCGUGAGGACGUCAACCUGAGGAGGUGUCCCCGGCGGCGGCUGGCUGACCGAGGACCGCAGAGCGCAGCAGGAUCAUGGGACACGCCAACGUGCCGCUCACGCGCAGCUGCCACGCGGACAAACGCACCGCCGGCCGACUGCAGCCGUACACACCUCCCGGCGACGAAAACCUGAACAACGCAUUAGGCGCCAUCCGAGUCCUUGGUUUGGAGCUGAUUGAGCAUGAACUCAAACCACAUCUGAACACGGUGCUGACCGACAUCAAGGAGGGAAUGUGACUUGAGACAUCGUGCCUCCCACACUCCUGGUGUAGCGGCUGUAUCAGAGCUCCUCAUCCUGAAUGAUACAAAACCUGGAGAAGAGACCAACCCACACCGAGAAAGGCGCCGCCGAGCAGGUCGUGAUCAGUGGGAUCCUGCCCAUCUUGGCCCUGUCCCUGAGGAGCCGGGGGCCCCUCGCGCUGCCGACGGCCAAACUGGUGGCUGAGCUCGCCGGGGAAUCCGUGGUUCGCAAAGGCUUCAGCGACGCAGGCUUGGUCACGGCUCUGCUGUCGGCGCUGACCAGCCCCGACCAGGAGCUGCUCCUUCACGCUGCGAGGGCCGUCUCGCGAAUGACUUACGACAGCUCGAGGCAGCAGCAGCUGUUGCUGCGUCGGGGCGCGGUGCCUCGCCUCGUCGCCGUCCUGCUUCGUUUUCCAGACAAGGAGCCCCUGGAGGAGGUGUGCCUGCAGGCCCUGUGCAACGUCAGUGGCAUGUGCGUGGCCGAGGAGGCGGGGCUGGUGUGGGAGAGGGCCGCGUCCACGGGGCCGGGGGAGUCCGUGUUCCGCGGCGUCUCGCCUCACGCCUGCGGCUUCGCUUCUUCCGUGACGCUCGUGCGCGUGUCUCGCUGGGCGCCGGGUCAGUGCGCCGUCAACAUCGAGGUGUUCCGGCGAUGCUCCUCGUCCCUCUGGAGCCGCGGCGGCGGCCGGCGGACGGCUCGCAGGUCCCCGCUCUGCAGCCUGGGGAGAUGUUCAGGUCUGUUGAAGUUGAUCAGGUUCCCCGCGGCGACUGUUCCUCGGACAAAGAGUCUGAAGACUCGCAUGUUCCACACUUUCCUCUGACGGAUGGGAUACUGAGAAUACUGCGGCCUGCACCUAUGACCUCUCCGAUCCCACCACGGAUCAUUGAUAUGCACCAACACACCAUGAAUGUUUACACUCGGCAAACCCAGAAAUGCACUCUCCUGCGCUCCUGAUGACCUUUCUCUGGUAUUUUUGUCCUUUUUUGUUGUUAAACCUGGAUUAGAAAAGGGAACUUUUCAACUCCCACUUGGUGGCAGGUCACUCCAGUGAUAAGGGGACUACGACACAGGAAAAAGCUAUCAAGUUAUUUUAGAUAUAUGUGUCUAAACAUGCAAACCUUACAAAUCAAUGCUGUGAUGAUCAUUUGUUUACAAGUGCUAGAAACAUUGUGAAUUUCUAUUCUAGGCAGCACCAUUUUAUUUAUGUUUUUUAUUAUGGCCCAUAUGAUUCUAACCUACAUUUUUGAUUGUUUGACUCCCGCUUUAAAUAAAAAAAUAUAUAUAUUUUUUCAAUAAUAUAAGCUAAUUUGUAGUAUUUGAACCAAUGACAUACCAGAGUAGAUUUAGGAUUCUGUAAGUUAAAAGGUAAUUCUGUUGUUAUCAUUUCCACAUUUCAGCAAGCCGGCUCGACCACUAGAUGUCACGCACGUGCCGUGUGAAAACCUGCGUAUUCUUCGUACACUGUGAACAGUAAAGAAAUGGAAAUCCAGUUUGUGACUCUGCACAUGUGCCUACACACACACACACACACACACACACACACGCGGACUGAAUCUAAUAAUGUCAAGAUGUGGAUAUUCGCAGAUAUUUACAUGGAUUUAAUUGGUUUGCUCCCCCCACCCCCCCAUGAAAGUGGUUUGUUGUUCUAGUGUCUAUGUUAGAUUGCCCUUUGACUAUAAAUCUAUUUAAAAUACAAAUGCCAACACAAAGAUACAAGUGUUUUCCCCUCCCCCCCAUUUCUCUUCCUCUAAUUACGUCUCUUAUUGGUUCCAUCCCGCUCCAGGCGGCCUGACGUUGGGGCACGUCCUCUAAUCAAUCCUAACUUUAUUACUCCGGGAGACACUUAAAUAUUUGAUGUGCUCGAGAUGAGGCUUUUGGAAUUAAGAGGUGCACACCCCCUUAUUCUGGACUAUACCCCGACUGUCUCGUUCACUGCGCCCUUGUUCAGGUGGAACAAAAACAUACUGCGUUUACAUGAGAAAAAAAGCGUCAUACAGUAGAAUCGAGGAUCUCAUCUGCUGUCAGCAGCAGCGCAGAGUCCUGUCGACGUGCUGUUUUUCAGUCAGCAGCACUUUGCCGACCAACAACCAAUCACAUCUAUGGUCAAUCUAGGAUCUCCAAUUGACCUUUAACCCCGAUCUGCAUGUCUUUGGACUGUGCGAGGAAGACGGAGAAAACCCCACGCAGGCGCCGCCUUCUCAUGUGUCAAAAAUAUAAAUAUAACAAUCUGUAAAAAAAACUGUCCUAACAACAACAACAACAAAAAAUCUCCCUUUUCUUAUCCAAACAAAGAUGGUGGCUGGGAAUGACACGCGGGAUCUUGUUGCUCAAUUAUAAUGUGAAUAAAUGUUUAUAUGCUGAAGUUUCUUUCCAAUCUUUUGAUAUAAUGCGUUCAUAUUUUUGCUUGUGUUCUAGUAAUUAAUUCACAGCAGAUGCAAGUGUUGUAAACGACCUUCUGGCCUUUUUUUUCUUUUUUUAAAAAGAGAUUAAACAAUUUUUUUCAUCAAUAUUAUCUCAG